AUGCCAGCGUUCCAAGCCAUUAACGUCGAGCCGGAGGAGAACCUUGACGACGAGAUUGAUAACACGCGACAAAUCCAUAUCGACGAGGCCUUGAAGCGCUUCCAGACGGCCCUCAAGCUUCAUGCGCAAGGCCCUCGAUUCUUUGAUGAAGCGACCGAUGCAUACGAUGACCUCUUCAAAUCCGACAUCUUUCAAUACCCUGAAGCCGCGACCGAGUACGAACGAGCCGAGCUGCCGGCAAGCCAGCUUGCUGUAGAGGCCUCUUUCGCUGCUGGUAUCGACAUACAAUCAGGAGAGGUAGACGGAGCGGACAGCACUCUCCCCCAGGCGCUCUUCCUGGCGCACAAGAACCACGGACAAUUCCUCCUCGACCGGAUAAAACACACGGCUCGCAGGACGGCUGUUCCACCCAAGGCAUUCUUCCAGCAAGACGACGUCAAAGAGCAAGCGCAGAAGGCGCUCCUCGAUUUCAAUGCGGCUCUCGAUCGCGACCCCUCGGAUGCCGAGCUCUGGAGGCGAAUCGCACGAGUGGCAGGUUAUCUCAACAGUGGCCGCAUCAGGCGAUACUGCCUCGAGGCAGCCAUUGAGCUUGACGACGAUCCGACCGUCGAGGAGGUCGAGCCCCCGUCGCUGGCGGAGGGUCUCGCGGGCGAGGAACUGAAGGAACAUCUCCAGGUCUUGUCAGAUGACAUGGGUCUGUCGCACCCCAUCCUGGGGCCCUGGGUCAAACACGACAUGCCGGCGCUCAUCAAGCGCCAUCUCGACCCCAUUCCGUUCCUGCCCAAUCCGACGAAAAGUCUCGAGGCGACUCGAUCAAUCCUCACCGUGUCAGAGUCCAAAAUAUCGAUCCGCUGUCCCACAGCCGCCUGGUCCGAGCUGGGCAUGGCCCUUGUGCAGCUCGUUGCCGAGGUGGGCUUCACGGGCAAGGGUAUUACGAUUGACCUUCCCAAUAGCGAACCCGACGAGGAAGCAAUGGACAUCACGGAUGCCAUACAGAAGCAGCUCAAUGAGGAAGUCAGCAGUGCGGCCGUUGACGUUGGUCUGCCGGAUGCCAUGGAUGUGUCGGACUCUGCGACCAAGACGGAGGCUGCUGACGAGAGGGCAGCCGCCGAUGGACUUAAACCUCGAAGCGAGGCCGCAUCGGCCCCAGCGAGGAAGCGGUCUCAGUCGGUUGCCGGUCUCGCGGAGGCAGGCGAAGACGAAAACGCUGGCGAGAAACGCAGCAAGAGAAUCAGACGCAGGGAGACGGCUGGCGCCGGAGAGGUCGUCAACUCGAGCGCACUGCACGCGACGCAGCUCGCUCAGUACCAGGCGGUGGAUCAGCACCUGUUUCAAAAAACAAAAGACGUGCUCGAGAACAUUGGCGUCACGGACCAGUCGGUCCUGGACCGUAUCGGCGAGAUUCUUGAGCUCUGCACGUCUGAAGAUCGUUCGGACAAAUUAACGAGCCAGGCCACCAUUGACCUCAAGAGUACGAUUACCUCCUUUAAUGCGGACAAUGCCAAGAUUUUGAUCAACAAGAAGGAGACGGACACCCUCGGAAUGUCUGCCUUCCUCGAGCACGCGAAAGGCGGUAACCAAAAAGUCUCGGCAUCUCCGGCCUUUCGCGAAUCCCACGGCCUCGGUUCUUUCGCCAAACGCCUCAACGCGGGCUGGACCACAGUCCAGGACAUGGCUUGGGAAUGGCUCAAGACGAUUGCUCCAAGCUAUGUUGAGUACAAGUGGUCGGACAUGAUGAAGGCAGCGGUCGUGCAUGUCAUUAGCCGUUUCGAUCAGGAUAUCUACGAAAUGGCAAAGUAUGAAAUUGAAGCCGCUGCACAGUCGAAGCAGGAGCUGAUGAGAAUUCACAACCUUGUCGAGAUGCUCUUUGAGCUCCACCUCGACAUAUACGAACGCAUUACCAAUCCCAAUAGCGCUGUCGAGUAUAGUAUCCGAGUUGAAGCUAAGGGGCGUCUUGCGCGAUGGCUUGCCUUUGCGUCGGAGCUUUUUCAAGCCUGCCUCGACCCCAGGAGCGAUCUCGCCGCCAGGUUCCUCUGGGCUGCCGUCUUUUCGACGACCCUCACCGACAAUGUCUCACGCGAAUACAUUCUACAGUGCUGGACCAGCCUGCGCGACUUUCUCACAGACGAAGGAGUCGAGGCGCUCUUUCUGCAGAACAAUGCUGUCCUCACGGAAAUCUCGUCCCCUGCCGCUGACCGAGAGAUUUCCAAGCUGACGACAAUGGACUUUUUCUUGGGCCUCUUCCAGGACGAUAUUAGCGAUCCCGUGGCCAUUAUUGACAAUCUCGAGCCAGUCUUGAACGCCGACUCUGUAUAUGUGCCCAGAAGCGACAGCGAUGGGGAAGCCAUCUCGGGGAAGAACAAGAGGAUACCAAUCAGAGAUUGUGCCAGUCAAGGGCUGCAGGAUCUUUGGAAGUUCCUACGAGCCAUUGAGAUGGUUGUUGCUGAUUUCGAGGGGGAUCUCUAUCUCAAGAACCCAAAUGAUACCCGUCCGGUGCUCUUGCUUCGCAUGAUGAAGUCACUCGACGAGCUCCUCAUUCGCGCCCUGUCCCUGGCGCUCAAUGAACAGAGCGCCUAUGACAUUGUCGACGAGGACCACCUCAAGGCGACGGCAGCUGCUCUCGCGAAGCUGAGCUGUAUGCUCCACGUCUCGGCCUCCUUGGAAGACGAGAUACGGAUCGGCAUGACACAGGCGCCUUCGGGUGGCUCUGUCUUUCAGGCAUUCAUGAAUAAGCUCCGGGAGAUCCAGUACCUCGCUGCGAUCCACAAUGUCCUGGGCCCGCGCAAGAGUUGCAAGGCUUCCAACAAGAUCUUCCUCAAGAUGAUGCGGAUGGAGCUGCUCAAGCUGAAGAAUAUUGACAACUGGGAAGACUACCUCGGACAGGUGCUGUAUGAUUUACACGGACUGAAGCUAGGCGUUGGAAUCUGGGAGGUUCAGGACCACGGGUGUCCACCGGAAAAGCUCGAGCGGCGCAACACAAUACAGCUGGCCGACAAGAUUACGGUUCUCGCCCGACGAAUGCCGAUGAAGGACCUGCUAAAAUCCGAGCUCAAGACAACCAUUGAACAUAUGCAAGGCGCCAUUGGCCCCGUCCGGUCAACACCACAGAUGGUACACAACUUGCGAAACUACACAGAGUACUUCAAGCGUCCGGUACACCCCCUUCGUCUGUAUCAAGCCCUGAAAGGCGGCGUCGAGCUCGAUACCGUGUCCGUCAAUGCCCCCGAGACGGUCCUCGCCAACCACGGUUGGUUCUUCCUUCUCGGGUCCAUUGCUCUGAGCAAGUACAAGCUUGUAGAUCUCAGCAAAAGGCAGACGCCCGGCGCCAUGGAUGACCUGCGAAUCGGAGCGACCUUUCUGCGACACCAGCUGCAGUUCACGCCGAACAAUUGGGAGGGCUGGUUCCGGCUCGCCGAAUGCUUCGACUACGAAGUCGAGGAUGCCGUUGUUUGGUCUGCUGACAAGAUGAACAAGGACAGAGCUGAGCUUGUCAAGUUUCAGCGCAACUCGAUCCACUGCCACACGCUCGCGCUGUCCAAGUCUGUGGGUGCCGACACGGACUAUGAAGAGGGAGAUCCGUUGCAUGAUCUCUAUCACAAUUUUGCCAUGCGCUUGUACGCGUCGAGCCGGGAACCGUUCGCCAUGGAGCCAUUCCAGCACUCUAAUCACGAGCGGACGUUUAUCGAGAACACCGGCAUGGGCACGUUCCAACGGGUCUUGCACAACCAGAUGCAGGACUACAAGGUGUGGAAGUACGCGGCGGGCCUUUUCCACAAGGCCAUGCGGAGGAAGCCUUAUGAGAACCUGAGCGCCACGGACCGCGCCACGAAACCGACGGUUGACCGUGUCAUCAAGGCGCUGGAGCAUGCAAUCGAUGUCGCUUCAGCCGUGCCCAAAACUCGCAACAGCGACCCCAUCUUGGAGCCUCACUACAAGAUCUUGUCCAUCGCGCAAAAGUUGGUGACACGGGGAGAUCUGUCGUCUCAGCAGGCCACCAUUAUCCUCGCACGACAACCGUUUGGCAUCAGAGCCGAGACGGAUGAUGGUGACACCUCUGAGGACACUGAAGACUGGGAGGAGUACGUGAUACGAAGUCUACGGCACCUGCGUGACAAGGACAAGUCAAACUGGCAACACCGCAUGAUCGUCCGUCAUGCGCGUCUGCUGUUCGACGACUCGGCCCAGUCCAACGCCGACUAUGUGCAAGCCAAGGCCGCCUUUAACGUGCUUCGAGAGUCCAUGUUCACCAAGACAAUGGUCAUGAACGUCUGGAAAUGCGAGGCCGAACGGCCCGGGCGGCACCACGUCUUUACUGAGCAAUAUGUGCGCCUCAUGGUCAAGAUUCUUGUAGUCAUGAGCGACAGGAUCAGCCUCGAGGCGCUUCUGCGACGUAUUCGCAAAAAGGGGACCGAGUUUUACCAUUUUGCGGAUCUCUGGCAGACCUGCUGCCACUCGUACCUUGCUCUCUUGCGACAGAGCCAUAAGGUGCGACCGAUCGAGGAAGACAAGUUCAAGUUGGUUGCGACGGAGGAUUUCGAAAUCAUGGCCGACCGUCUCGCAGAGUGGGCCGGCGAGUUUGCAGGCGACCUGCCAGUCCUACAGUGUAUGAAGGAGGCCAUCGAGCUCAAGAAGCUCAAUGGCGGUCUCAUGAAAGCCGGCGCGAUUGACGAGGUCAUCAACGACUGCUACACCUACUUGUACCUCGAGAUUGGUCCCACGCUGCCGGGACCCAGUCCAAGCGAGGUGCUCGAGGCCCGCGCCCGCGCCCGCGCCAGGGAGGAGGCGCAGAACGAUGCGUCCAACUCGCUGAAGCCGCAGAGCACCCUCACCAACAUUCUCAACCCGCCGGGCAGCCAGGAGGCAAACGGAGACGGCGAGAAGCAAGCCGAGGCGUUGCCCCGUAAAAAGGUGGGCAUUCGCCGGCCGGACAUUCUGCGCAGAGCCGAGCAGGUCUACACACGGGCCAUGGAGGCGCCCAAAUCUGCCGGCCUCGCAUCCAAGUCUCGUCUAGGCUCCAUCUCGAGCGGCAAACGCGGCAGCAACACGCCCAACGGUGGCGAAGCUGCCAGCCCGGCCAGCGACGGCUCCGACAUGGACGAGCCCGUCGGCGAUGAUACCGAGAUGAAGGACGAACCGACCAUUGACGAGGGCGACGAUCCUGAUGCAACGGCCCAGAUGACCGCAGCGUCGAGUCCUCGCGGUAGCAUCCACGACUCGGCCGACGACGAGAGCGACCUGAGCGAUGUGCCCGAGGGCUGGGAUGAGGAGCCUCCCCCAUCUAUGCUGUUCCAUGAUAUGAAGGCCGAGGACGGGCAUCACAGCAGCGAUGAGGAUGCCGACGAGGCUGACGAGGAGGGUGACGAAGAGCAGGAGGACGAGCAGGAAGACGAGACGAUGGGUGGUGUCGACGCCGACGUUGAGGACGAGACCAUGGAAGCCCACGAGGAAGACGAGACUCUCGCUGCCCACGAAGACGAGACGCUUGGUGACCACGAAGAUGAGACGCUCGGUGACCACGAAGACGAGACAUUAGAAGGUCAUGAGAACGAUGAGACAAUGGAAGGCCACGAGGAAGACGAGACCAUUGGUGGUCUUGAAGAAGAUGAUGAAGAGGCGGAGGAAGAGGAAGAGGAAGAAGACGAGGAGGAAGCGGAGGAAGGGGAUGAAGCUGAAGAGGCUGAAGAGGGCGACGAGGCUGAAGAAGAUGAAGAGGCAGAGGAGGAGGGGGAGGACGAAGCCGAGGAAGCUGGAGAAGACGGCGAGGAGGAAGACGAGGAGGAGGAAGAGGAAGAGGAGGACAGUCGCGAGGUUUCCGACGAAGACGAGGAAGGCAGCGAGGCUGUCGAGACGGAUGGCUAA